UUGUUUCCCUACCGGAGUGUUUUUAUGGAUGCACGGUCAAGCGGAACCCCUGUGGAGAAAGCUACGCGGAUGUUUUCCGUUCUGUUUUAGUUUUAACGAGCCACAGGCAAAGAAAACAGCCGGGAAAUGGCGGACUGGAGCGCUAUCGCUAAGGUGUACGAUCCGCUGAAAGCCGGGAGUAUUGACGGCACCGAUGUGGAGCCCCACGACCGGGCCGUGUGGAGGGGGAUGUGCGCCCGCUACAAGCCCAACAAAGGCGUCGUGGGAGAUCCGCUUCUCACGCUCUUUGUAGCUCGACUCAACCCGAGCACCACCGAGGAUAAACUACACCAGGCCUUCUCUAAAUUCGGCGACAUAAAGCGGCUCCGGUUGGUUCGUGAUGUGGUCACGGGCUUCUCCAAGCGCUACGCCUUUGUCGAGUACAAGGAGGAGCGGGCCGUGGUGCGAGCUCGUCGGGACGCCAACAAGCUGGUGGUGGACCAGCAAGAGUUGUUCGUGGAUUUCGAGCUAGAGCGAACCCUUACAGGCUGGAUCCCCAGGCGGCUCGGCGGCGGGCUAGGAGGAAAGAAAGAGUCCGGGCAGCUGCGCUUCGGCGGCAGGGAUCGACCUUUCCGGAAGCCCAUCAACCUGGGAGCUGGACCAUCGCAGCAAGAGUGGCAGGGCGGCGGGCGCAAGGAGUGGGAGAGAUCCGGACGGCGAGACCGUGACAACAGAGACAACUGGAACAAUAGAGACAACCGGGUUAACUGGGACCGAGACACGGACGAGAAGGGAACCAGAGGAAGGGAGGACAACCGCUACCGAGACAGGAGCAGGCACCGAGAAAGGAGAUGAAACUUAAAAAGUGAACCUGGAUAACUUUAUUUUUCGUUGUUUUUUUGCGGCCACUCUAUUUUUAUCACAGCACAAAAAUCUUUGCAAAAUGUUGUGUUAUUUGUCAUAUUAAAACUUUAUUAUGAAA